GCCAGGCAACUACUUAUGUACUUGCAAGUUGCCUGGCGAUAAGCUUGAUUGAUGACAAACUUCUCUCACUGAGAACACUAGACGAUGAUUUUUAGAUUUGUGUCGGCUACUGAAAGAUCCAAAGGCCGACGAGUUUUUGGGGUUCUUUGAGUAUUUGAGGUUCUGAAGAGAUAUUUUUGAAGUUUGGGUCCUUAUCUUUUUUUCCGUAAUUUUCGAAUGAGUGACAUUUGAUAUUGAUUGACCCUCUGCUUUUAUUUGUCACUGAAUUUGCGGUGGCAAUGGCUCCACGCCCGGAGAAGAUGGACGUGGACAGUGGCAAGGGCGACGGCCUGAAGCCGUACUACAUUGCCAAGAUCGAGGAGCUGCUACUGGUGGUUGCCGAGAAGAGCCAGGACCUGCGCCGUCUGCAGGCGCAGAGGAACGAACUCAACGCCAAAGUCCGUCUUCUGCGGGAGGAGCUGCAGCUACUGCAGGAGCAGGGCAGCUAUGUGGGCGAGGUCGUCAAGCCCAUGGACAAGAAGAAGGUGCUGGUGAAGGUGCACCCCGAGGGAAAGUUCGUCGUGGACAUCGACAAGAACAUCGACAUCAACGAUGUGACGCCCAACUGCCGGGUGGCUCUGCGGAACGACAGCUACACACUGCACAAGAUCCUACCGAACAAGGUGGACCCUCUUGUCUCGCUGAUGAUGGUCGAGAAAGUUCCGGACAGCACCUACGAAAUGGUCGGCGGUCUCGACAAACAGAUCAAAGAGAUCAAAGAGGUGAUCGAGCUGCCCGUCAAGCACCCGGAGCUGUUUGAGGCGCUCGGCAUCGCCCAGCCGAAGGGAGUGCUCCUCUAUGGGCCGCCCGGCACAGGAAAGACGCUGCUGGCGCGCGCCGUGGCACACCACACCGACUGCACAUUUAUCCGCGUCUCCGGCUCCGAGCUGGUGCAGAAGUUUAUCGGCGAGGGCUCGCGCAUGGUCCGAGAGCUCUUCGUCAUGGCCAGGGAGCAUGCCCCGUCCAUCAUCUUCAUGGACGAGAUCGACAGCAUCGGCUCAACUCGAAUCGAGUCUGGCUCCGGCGGAGACUCUGAGGUGCAGCGAACUAUGCUCGAGCUGCUCAACCAGCUCGACGGCUUCGAGUCGACCAAAAACAUAAAG